AUGUCCGAAGCUGCCCCAAAUCCGGGUUUGCAUCCGGUCAGCUCCACUGCGGCUGCUCGUGAGCCACUCAGCGGUCUGGUGGACUCCACUGCCAACCUGAAAGUGUCCGACAAAGAGGAUGUAGGCGCUGCAGCUGCAGAUUCGACUUCCAAGUCCAGUGCCCCAGCGGGUGCGAACAAGAAGGCCUCCAAAGCUGCCAAAAAGUCGGCCGCAAACGACGCAGCGGGAGCGCAAAAGCAUCCUUUGGAAUUCACACCCAAACCUGCAUUCUUCGAUGCGAGGUUGGAGAUUUUUGAAAAGCUGCAAAAGGAACAGGAGGAGGAGCGGGCGAAGAAGGAAAGGGUGCCCAUCAAAAUCACCAUGCCGGAUGGAAGCGAGAGGGAUGCCACCAGUUGGGAGACCACACCCAUGGAUAUCGCCAAGGCCAUCAGCAAGAGCUUGAGCGACAGAAUCGUCAUCUCAAAGGUGAGCGUGCGCUCGGCUGCGCUUGCUCGAGCAUCCGGGAAGCUAGCACUUGUCCAGCGCGUCUAGAUUAGAGCUUAUGAACCAAAUGGAUGGCAAAUCAGGCUGUAUGCUGAUGCAAUUCUCAUUUCAUUCUGCUGUGCGGUGCGCGUCACCCAGGUCAAUGAUCAGCUGUGGGAUCUUGAGCGUCCCUUCGAAGGUGCCGCCAAGCUCGAGCUGUUCGACUUUGAGACGCCCGAGGGCAAGCGCGUCUUUUGGCACAGCAGUGCACACGUUUUAGGAGAAGCAGCAGAGCGUCACUACGGGUGUCACCUUUGCAUCGGACCUCCCACCGACGAAGGCUUCUACUACGAGAUGGGAAUGGGCGACAGUCAAGAUCGCACUGUCCGCACAGAAGAUUUUGGUGCGCUCGAGACGCUCAUCCAGAGCGCCAUCAAGGACAAGCAAAAAUUUGAAAGGGUCGUCGUCACCAAGGAGCAGCUUUUGGAAAUGUUCAAGUACAACAAGUACAAGCAGUACAUCAUCAACACCAAGAUCCAAGACGGAACGAGCACUACAGUGUACAGGUGCGGUCCUAUGGUGGACCUGUGUGUCGGCCCACACGUGCCUCAUACGGGUCGCAUCAAGGCCAUGGCCAUCUUGAAAAACUCUGCUUCUUAUUUCCUAGGCGAUCAAGCCAACGACUCGCUUCAGCGAAUGUAUGGAAUCUCGUUCCCCGACAAGAAGCAAAUGACCGAAUACAAGCAUUUCUUGGCUGAGGCCGAAAAGCGGGACCACAGGAAGAUUGGGAAAGCUCAAGAGCUGUUCCUCUUCAAUGAGAUGAGUCCUGGCAGUUGUUUCUGGCUGCCCCACGGAGCUCGGAUCUACAAUACUCUGCUGGAAUUCAUGAAGGGCGAAUACCGAAAGAGAGGCUUCGACGAGGUCAUCAGCCCCAACAUGUUCAGCUCAAAGCUCUGGACCACCUCGGGUCAUUGGCAGAACUACAAGGACGAUAUGUUCGUCCUGCCAGUAGACAAGGAACAAUUUGGACUGAAGCCCAUGAAUUGCCCAGGACACGCGCUCAUGUUUGCCGCCCGUGAUAGAUCCUACAAGGACCUGCCUUUGAGGUUUGCAGAAUUUGGCGUCAUUCAUCGGAACGAGGCGAGCGGUGCUCUGUCUGGUCUCACGCGCGUGAGAAGGUUUGUGCAGGACGAUGCCCACAUCUUUUGCAUGGCGAAUCAGGUGAGCGGCUGAGCGGUAUCAGGAAAGCGCGCAAAAACAGCGCACCGACCUCCUUACCUGCCCUUCGAAACGCAGAUCGAAGACGAGGUGACAAGCUGCUUUGAGUUCAUGAACGACGUGUACGGCAAGUUUGGCUUCCAAUUCAAAUUGGAAUUGUCGACCAGGCCGGAGAACUUCUUGGGAGACAUCGAGACUUGGAACGAGGCUGAAAAGCGUCUUCAGAAUGCGCUAGACAAGUUCGUGCCGGGCAAAUGGGAGCUGAAUCCUGGAGAUGGCGCAUUUUAUGGACCCAAGAUCGACAUCACCAUCUCGGACGCUAUGCGACGCCAAUUCCAGUGGUAAGUGGUGGACGAAUUUUUGAUCGUUGCGUGAGCGAUUCCGAGACUGUCCCACUGAUUGGAUCACUCUCGGUCAUCGAUUCAGCGCCACGAUCCAGCUUGACUUCCAGCUGCCUCAGAGAUUCGGCCUGCAAUUCAGGUCUAACAAGGUGUCGGCGGAUGGAAGUGAUCACGAGAGGCCGGUCAUGGUGAGUUGCUCUUUGUACAGCCAUGGUAGAACUGUCCUGCUGAAUUCUACCUCCCUCGCGCUGCGGUCUAGAUCCACCGAGCGAUUCUCGGCUCUCUCGAAAGAUUCAUCGCCAUCCUCACCGAGCAUUUCGCCGGCAAAUGGCCUCUUUGGCUCUCCCCCCGUCAGGUAAGCUGCAGCCACCAAAGCCCUUCUUUGUCGCCGGGUCUCGGUUUUCUGAAUGGCGAGCCCACAUGCCACAUCACUUGCGCUACAGGUCAUGGUCGUCCCGGUCACUCAAUCUGUGUACGGAUAUGCAGAGAGCAUCAAGUCCAAGCUCUGGGACCUCGGCUUCUUCACCGAUGUGGACCUCACUGCCGAGACCUUGCCAAAGAAGAUCCGCACGGCCGAAAUCGCUCAAUAUGUAAGUGCAAGGGUAGAUGCAUCUACGGUGACGACCACGUCUGAAAGCAGUGUUCGGUUUCGCUCUCCUAUCAGAACUUUAUCCUCGUCGUUGGGCACAGCGAGAUGGAGACGAACAGGUGAGAUAAUACUGUUGGAGGUCAGACAGAAGCGCGCUGCCUCGUUGCAAGAUGCUGAUGCCUCCAAAUCCUACGCUUGCACUCUGCAGCGUCAACGUUAGAAACGGGCGAGAGGGGGGCAAAGGCAGAGAUGAGAUCAUCCCGCUCGAGGAUGUCUGUCAGAGAUUGCUCAAGCUCAAGAAUGAACGGUCCCUCGAGAACAACCUCUGA